CGACUCUCUUGUCUCCGACGACCUUGUGUCCGGCCCGCAUCCCAGUCCCCCGCGCCACCCCUCCCGCACCUCCACGCCUUUCAUACGUGCCGCGCACCGAUACAGAAGAUAUGGGCAAAUGGACGCCCGAGUACUACGACGACGUGCUCCACGCCAAAAUGAGAAGCAUGAUUACCGCCGCUAUCAUGCGCGCCAAGCAGGACAAGAGCGAGCCGUCGAUCUCGUAUGAGCGCUUUGUCGAGCAGCUCGACUCGGGCGACUCUUUCACCGCGUCGAUCAUGGACGUGCUGGUCAAGGAAGUCGCUGACCGCAGCUCCCGCCCGAACCAGCGUGACCGCCGGCUGAUCGCCUCCAACACCGCGCAGACGCUUACGAAGCUGGCGAGCCCCCUCCGCGUGUACCGCCCGCGCACGACCGCGAGCCGCCGCUCUAGCAACCUCGCAAGCUACCUCACGCGCGCGGCGCAGGACGAGUACGACGAGCCGGACGUGGACGAGUUCGAGAGCACGGUGGAUAGCGUGGCGGCGCAGGAGAGCGCGCGAUUCAGUUCGGGGGCCUUGUACGACAACGCCGCCCCGUGGACGCGUCGAUGGCAUUCGCCGGAUGAGGAGACUCCCAUUGUGCCGAACGCGCUGGAUGAUGUGAGCGAGGUCCCGCGGACGCGUCUGCCUGGUAGUUGGCGCCCCGCCCGCUCCUCCCUCACCUCUUCGCUCAGCCGCCAUCCGUCCCUUCAUCGUGCGCCUCGCGUUCGUACUGCCGACUUCAGCGACUUCACCUCGCGCAGGCGCAACUCGCUGCGGGAAACACUAGGGGUUCCCCGGGAAGGCUCCGCCGAACCCGGCAACGCAGAGGGCAGCAGUGGUACCAGCACUCUCCCGCCUUUGCCGCCCUUCCCGCCGCGCGAAAACGCGACAGCCGACCGGCACCUCACGCGUCGCUUCUUCCCCUUCAGCCGCUCCCUCCCCCUGGACUCGUCGGCCUCGGAGCCCUCCCCUCCCUGGUCCAACGAGGUGCCAGAACCGGUCAUACCCUUACCGCCUCCGAGACGCUGGCGCCCGGCUUACCCCCUGUCGGCCUCCCCUUCGCCUCCCCGCUCGCCGCCGCGGCAGCGGCGUCGCCCCGAACGCGACGGAGAAGCGCUGGGUCCGUACGUGCCCCCAUUGCGCCGCGGAGGACUGGGUGCGCCAGAGGUCCUGGAUAUCUCGGUCGAUGCGGACAUGCCCUGGGCGCCGGGUACAUUCGGUCGCAUGAUAUCUCAAAACUCGCCAGAGCCGCCGACGAUGGCGCCUGUGAGCAUGGACCCGGAGUUUUUCAACGAGGUGUUGGCCGGGCCGAGCGCGAUGGCGGACGGGGCAGAUGGGUCAAGCGCAAUGCGAGAUGGGCCAGCGGCGUACCCGACGCCUCCCGUUAUGCCUGAAAACGAGAUAGAUUGAACGCUCUUGCUCAGUCGCUGUCGACCUCGUUAUGAAAACGAGAGGGUCACGUAUCUAGUGUAAUUUUAGUAAUGUAUUCCGGCCUUGGUUGCAGAACGAGUAGACGUGUGAGGUGUGAGGC